AUCUGCCAAGGAGUUGAGCAGGAUCAUAAAUAUUCCCGGUUCCCACCUGGGGCAGCCAUUUUCCAUUCCCGGUCCUCAAGCUCAGCCCUACAGUAACGACGUGAGUUGUCUCCUCUCCCGCCUAUCGGCCCCCUAGACCGACAUGAUUAGGUCGCGAUGGAAGCCUCGAACCCAACUUCAAUAAACUCUCGGUGGCGGCGCAGGCCCCCUCGCACCGCGCUCUGCAUCAUCUUGAUCCUCAUCCGCGGACUCAUGGCCGUGUUUGACCUGGCCAGCAUCAUCACAUUCGGUUGGUUCUGUGGGAAGUGGCCCAACCAGUCGCCUGCGCUCGGCGUCGGCUUUUCCGGGGUAAUCGUUGCCUUGAUAGUCGACGCCUACCAGAUCGUCCGCCUCAGCCAAGACAGGACAGCAAAAGAGACCAUCCACGCACUUAUCGGGUGUAUGGAUUUCCUGGUCUUCACCCUCUGCAUCAUAGGCUUCUUCGUUUUGCUCCUCAGCGACUGGACAUCGGAGACGCCUUGGCGUCGCCCCCCGUCUCCUCCGUGGGAGCAUCCCAAAUUCGUCGUCGGCAUGAUGUUGGUAGCUACAUUGGCUGUCCACUUCGUUUUCAUGCUCUUCGGCUGUAUCGGAGGCUGCGUCCGAUCAUGUCAGGGGAGAGCUCGCCGGCGCGACGCCCGUCGCAACGCUGCUCCCGCUACAGGUGGCAACGUCCAAUUGCAGGACGCGACACCAAAGUCGAAUGCGGUGGUGGAGGGAAACAAUACGGGGGUUGGCGCUGUGUGAACGGGACAUUCCGGAUAUUUCGAACUUGAUUGCGGGAGGGAUCGGUUACAUGACUCGGGACUCGGGAUAUAUCGAUGAUAAUGAUACAUGUCUAAUUUCUAAUUAAUGUUUAUAUCAGCAGUGUGCACAUCUCCCACGCAAAGACCGGAGAAUGAUGGAACACCGCCGUUGAAACGGUAGCGAUUCUGGCAACGUUGCGUAUGGCCACCAGACGUAUGCGCCGAAGGGCUGAGUCUUGGGGAGAGUUAUUAUAUCGUUUUGGGAAUUGUUGUGUGUCUUGGGGCUUUGCUAAUCUAGACUUCAUGCGAUUGGAGACUGGUGGAAGUGACGGAAUUGCCGGGUCGAUUGUGGGCCCAAAAUGGUGUCUAACCUCCGGGCGCCAACGGCGGUGAGGGGUUGAUGCGCGGGGUUCCGGCUGUUGAAUAGUGACCCAUCUCCCUCUCAAUCGCAACUCAUAUCUAACCA